AUGUCAAUCAAUGUGGAUGUGUUGCGCUUGAUUGCCGAAGUAAAAAAGCGUCCAGCCUUAUGGGAUAACCGUUAUGGCGAAAAUAAAGGGCGUGUCAGUUUAAAUCAUCUUUGGUGGCAAGUCGCGCAAGUCUUGAAUGUCGAAGUGGAACAAUGCAAACGGAAAUGGAAAAAUUUACGUGACGCUUAUCGCGCUGAAAUACGACGAACAGUCCGCCGUAAUGGAAACUAUAAAUGCAAGUGGAUCUAUUUUGAGCUGAUGAGUUUCAUCGAUGGAAAACCGCGUCGACGCGAUUCGAAUGAUCAAUCAUCUUUGCAUUUAGAAAACAAUAGCUCCUCGUUAGAUAAUAACGUUUAUGAUUCGGAGUUUCAUAGCUUUUAUGAUAUUAAAAUGGAACCUCAACAAAAUGUAGACGAUAAUAUUGAAUCCGUGCAGGUCGACGAUGACGAUACGGCUAAUGAUAUACUUUUUGAAGAAUUUCAAACUGUGGCAACACCGCAAGCUGCCCGUCGACUUUCGGCAUCCAUUUCACAUAAAAAUCCCUUGGAACGUAACGCACAAAAUAAUGUUUCAAUUUCAGUCAACGAAGAUCAGUGCAGAUGUUCUGCGUCUGAACGUUCGCAUAAUCAAGUACAUUUCUUGGAAAAUCUUGAAAAAGAAGAACAAAAACUUAUACAAUCUACUCGUCAAGAUAUAACACGUGCGCAGGGCAUUAGUCAUGUGGGCGAUGGCGAUUACAAUUUUCUCGUCAGCUUUCUACCCCAAAUGAAAAAAAUGAGCGAAUAUCAGAAUUUACAAUUUCGCGCCAAAAUGUGCGAACUGGUCUUAAAUAUAAUGACGCCAACGAAUGCAGAGGUGAAAAAAUCGGAUAACAGUGGCAAUACUGUUACUUCGUUUUACAUAAAACAGGGCGAGAACCCUACUUCGACUUCAUUUUUUAAAUAAUCAUUAAUCAUACAAUAAUAAAUAUAUCGUCUUAUU